CAUAGACAUAAGCUGAUGCAACUUUUUGACAUUUCAUUAACCCCAUGCUCUAACCAAAAGAUUUUUGUAACUGGAAAAAGUAGUUUUUUUACAAUAAAUCAUGGACGACGACAUGAUUUUCGACCCAACUCUCAAAAAGAAGAAGAAGAAGAAGACUGGCUUCGAUAUGGAGGCCGCAUUGGCCGGGGAACAAGGUGAAAAUACAAGCAAGGAGGUGCCAGCGGACCUAGGUGACGUAGACGUCGACAUCCCAGAGGACGACAACCUCGAUCUAGACAACUUCGGCAAGAAGAAGAAGAAGAAAAAGAAGGCAUUCUUCAACUUGGAGGAGCUGGAGAGCGCGCUGCCGGAGAGCAAGGAGGAGCCGGCGCCCGAGGAGCCCGAGCCCGCGGAGGAGGAGCCCGUGGACGACCUCGACCUCGACAUAGACUUCUCCAAGUCCAAGAAGAAGAAGAAGAAAAAGAACAUCGACGAGCUGGUGGCCGAGGAUGAGUACAAGGGCGAGGACAAGGAGAACGUGGAGGACGUGCACGGGGACUGGGUGGGCAGCGACCGCGACUACACGUACGACGAGCUGUUAGAGCGCGUGUUCGACAUCAUGCGCGAGAAGAACCCCUCCAUGGUCUCUGGCAAGAAGCAGAAGUUCAUCAUGAGGCCCCCACAAGUCGUCAGGAUUGGCACCAAAAAGACAUCCUUUGCCAACUUCACAGAAAUAUGCAAAACACUCCAUCGACAGCCCAAACAUUUACUAGACUUCCUACUGGCAGAGUUGGGUACGAGUGGGUCUGUUGACGGUAAUGCUCAGCUUAUUAUCAAGGGACGUUUCCAACAGAAACAAAUAGAGAAUGUGUUGCGUAGGUACAUUAAAGAGUAUGUCACGUGUCACACGUGUCGCUCGCCAGACACCAUCCUACAGAAAGACACAAGAUUGUUCUUCCUCCAGUGUGAAACCUGUGGGUCCCGGUGCUCCGUCGCCAGUAUCAAGUCUGGUUUCCAGGCUGUCACCGGCAAGAGAGCUGCUAUCCGUGCAAAGACUGCAUAAAGUAUUAGUUAAUAGUGAAAACCAAUUUGUCAAUGAAACUGGGAUACAUGCAGACAUUUCUUGUUAUGCACCUUUUUUAUACAUUUUCAAGACUAACAUCUUCUUACUUGGUGCUUUAACUAUAUCUACAAAGGUAUACAAUAACUGUGCAAUCUUUCUUUUGAUAAGGUACAGGCUACCUUAAAACUACUUCACUUUCAAUGGUAACAACAUUACUGUUAUAUUGUUUAUCUAUUUUCUUUCUAUUUAUUUGUCAUAAUUUAAACAUGUGUACAUAAGGAUAGAAUGAAUAGUGUUUCUACACUACAUAUUGAUGAAAUUGAUUGCAAUAAUUAUUGAAAAUGCUAUCUGUGUGUACCCCAAAUAAGAACUUUGUAAUUGUGUAUAGCUCACUUCUGUAUUAUUCUCAUUACACAUGUUUUUAUAUAAAA